AUGCUCCGCUCUUUCCUCCUUCCACUCCUUUGCGCCUGCCUUCUGGCGGCUUCUACUGCCAAUGCGGCAGUCUUCAACUGUGUCGGCGGUUCAGUCUACAUCACAGCCCACGCCGACGACGACCUUCUCUUCCAGAGCCCGACGGUCCUGCAGGAUGUCCAGGCGAAGAACUGCGUGACCAACAUCAUCCUCACUGCCGGCGACAACGGCGGCGGGCUCGCCUACGCUCAGAGCCGCGAGCAAGGCAAUCAGGCGGCGUAUGCGUACAUGGCCAGCGCGAACAACACGUACACCGAGUUCAAGGCCGUCUUCGGCGGCCAGUCGGUGCUCGUCCGCACGCUCAAAGCCAAGCCUAACGUCCAGAAGGUCUUCUUCCGACUUCCCGACGGCAACCUCGCUGGACAAGGUUACGCCGUCACGGGCUACCAGUCGCUCCGCUCGCUCUACUUCGGCACCAUCCCGUCCAUCUCGUCCAUCUCGGGCGACGCCACCUACACCCUCGCUACGCUCAAGCAGGCCAUCGGCCAGAUCCUCACCGCUCGCAAGCCCGUCAACAUUCGCACGCAGGACUACCUGAGCGCGUAUGACGGCGGCGACCACGCCGACCACUUGACGACCGCUCGCUUGGUCAAGGAAAUUGCCGCGACGUACGCGUCCUCGGCUAGCCUGUCGGGCUUCAUGGGCUACCCGAUCCAGAACCUCGCGCCGACUCUCUCGAUGAACUCGACCCUCUUUAAUCAAAAGUCGACCGCCUUCUUCACCUACACGCCCUACGACCCCGAGGAGUGCCAGUCGCUCAGUGCCUGCUCGAACCGCGGCGAGUACUCCUGGCUCCAGCGGUCUUACGUCGUCACCUCCGCCCUUGCGACGACUUCGAACGACGGCGCGGCUCUCGCCCCGGCAACUGUUCCGAACGGCACCGACAUCGCACUUCAGGCUGUUGCGACCGCCAGCUCGGUCGCGCCUGGCUCGUCGGCCGGCGCCGUGAAUGACGGCGUCUUUGGCGGCUACCCGGGCAAUGAGACGGCGGAGUGGUCGUCGAACGGCGAGAAGGCCGGUGCAUGGGUGCGCUUGACUUGGAAGACGCCGGUCGUUGUCAAUGCGGUGGUGCUCUACGACAGGCCCAACACCGACGACUGGCUCACCGCCGGCACGCUCACCUUCGACGACGGCAGCGUCGUCUCCUUCACCAACCCGAUCAACGACGGGACAGCUUCGAAGAUCGCUCUUCCGAAGACCAACUACACGACCUCUUCGCUUCUGCUCACGGUCACGGCUACGAGCGCGAGCACCGUAAACAUCGGCUUGUCGGAGCUGCAGGUCUUCGGCACCGUUUGCCCGACUUGCGUCGUCGCGUCCCCCUCAUCCACCGUCUCAACGGCUAGCUCAGCAGCUUCCUCGCCAUCCUCCACGGUGUCGACGUCCUCUGCCGCUCCCACAUCUUCCGCCGCCCCGGUCAUCUCGGGCGACCUCGCGCUGAACGCGACCGCUGGCGCCUCGAGCUGGAACGACCAGACAACCCAAACUCCGGACAAGGCGAUUGACGGCGUUGUUGGCGGGUACACCGCUGCCGGCGGAGACUACACGAAGGAGUGGGCCACACUCGGCGAAGGCGUCGGCGCUUAUCUGACCCUCACCUGGAACGCCCCGAUUGUCGCGAAUCGCAUCGUUCUCAACGAUCGUCCAAACCUGAACGACCAGAUUCUCGGUGGCAAGCUCAACUUCAGUGACGGCUCGACGCUCGUGACAGGCGUCUUGAACAACGACGGCUCGGACACAACGCUCGAGUUCCCGGCAAAAACGUUCAGUUCGCUCUGGUUCACGGUUACGUCCGUCUCGAAUACGACUCUCAACAUCGGCUUAAGCGAGUUCCAGGUCUACUACGUCUCAACCGCUGCGCCCAGCAGCAGCGCAAGCGCUUCCUCAACUCAGACUUUGACUUCUUCCGCCGUCACCACGGCGUCCGCAAGCUCGUCCACGUCGAGCGCAUCUUCGGCCACCUCGUCCGCGACCAGCGCCACCUCGUCUGCGCCUGCCGCAACCUCCAGUACGCCCUCGGCGACCUCGCUCGACCUCGCGCUCAACGCUACGGCCGGUGCAUCAAGCUGGAACGACGCAACGACGCAAACUCCGGCAAAGGCCAUUGACGGGGUCAUCGGCGGCUACACGGCUGCUGGAGGAGACUACACGAAGGAGUGGGCGACAAACGGACAAGGCGCAGGCGCCUACUUCACCCUCUCUUGGCCGACUAGCAUUACUGCGAACCGGAUCGUCUUGUACGACCGGCCCAACCCCAACGACCAGAUCCUCUCCGGCUCGAUCGCCUUCAGCGAUGGCUCGACGCUCGCUAUUGGUGCGCUCAACAAUGACGGAUCGGCUGCUACGUUCGACUUUGGCGACAAGUCCUUUAGCUCGCUCAACUUCAGCAUCACGUCCGUGUCGAGCACGACCGUCAACAUCGGCUUAAGCGAGUUCCAGGUCUACUACGCUUCUGGCUCCUCAGCUGCGCCGAGUAUUGCAGCGUCUACGCCCGCGGCGACAACCGCUGCGUCGAGCACAACGUCUGCUUCGGCAACGACGUCUGCAAGCCCGACCCCUUCGCCCGCAACCUCGGCUGCAGCUUCGUCGACUUCGACCCGCACCACGAUCGUUUUCUCCUCGACUCCGACCGCAUCCUCGAGCGCACCUAGCUCGACAAGCCCGUCGGCGAGCCCGACUUCGAGUUCUGCGCCGGCACCCAGCUCGACCAGCUCAUCGGCGAGCCCGACUUCGAGUUCUGCGCCGGCACCCAGCUCGACCCUCUCCAUCUCCGGCUCGCCCGACCUCGCGCUCAACGCCAUCGCGAGUGCCUCUAGCUGGAGCGCCGCAAAUUCGCAGACUCCCGACAAGGCGAUCGACGGCGUGAUUUCGGGUUACAAGGAAGACGGCACGGGAGAUUACACGAAGGAAUGGGCGACGAACGGCGAGGCUGUCGGCGCCUGGUUGUCGUUAACCUGGUCGAGCCCGGUCACGAUCAACCGACUCGUCUUGAACGACCGCCCGAACCUCAACGACCAUAUCCUCGGCGGCGUCGUCUCCUUCAGCGACGGCUCGAACGUGACCGUCUCGGCGCUCAACAACGACGGAUCCGACACGACCUUCAACAUCGCGCAACGAACGAUCUCGUCGCUCAAGCUGACCGUCACGAACGCCAGCUCGACAACGCUGAAUAUCGGUCUCAGCGAGUUCCGAGCGUACUUGAUCUAG